CAGUGUGGGUUUUACCUCAGAUCUCCUAUAAGUACUACAAAGAAGAAAAUAUUCUGAAGAAUUAGUUAAGUUUACUGUCAAGUCCAAGUAACAUUCCUGACUUCAACACAAGCAGGAAAAAUGAAGCACAUAAUCAAUCUAUAUGAAAACACCAACAAUACAGCAAGAAAUAAUUCAGACUGCCCUCAUGUGGUUUUGCCAGAAGAGAUAUUUUUCAUAAUAUCCAUCAUCGGGGUUUUGGAGAAUCUGAUUGUCCUUCUGGCUGUGAUUAAGAAUAAGAAUCUCCAGGCGCCCAUGUACUUUUUCAUUUGCAGUUUAGCUAUUUCCGAUAUGUUGGGCAGCCUGUAUAAGAUUUUGGAAAAUAUCCUGAUCAUGUUCAGAAACAUGGGUUAUCUCAAGCCUCGUGGCAAUUUUGAAACCACAGCCGAUGACAUUAUUGACUCCCUGUUCAUCCUCUCCCUACUUGGCUCCAUUUUUAGUCUGUCUGUGAUUGCUGCUGACCGCUACAUCACAAUUUUCCAUGCUCUGCAGUACCACAGCAUUGUGACCAUGCGCCGCGCCAUUGUGGUCCUGAUGGUCAUCUGGAUAUGCUGCAUAUGCAGUGGCAUCACCAUGGUGAUCUUCUCCCAUCACAUCCCCACAGUGAUCACCUUCACAUCGCUGUUCCCUCUGAUGUUGGUCUUUAUCCUAUGCCUCUAUGUGCACAUGUUCUUGCUGGCCCGUUCCCAUGCCAGAAAGAUCUCAACACUUUCCAGAGCCAACAUGAAAGGGGCCAUCACAUUGACAAUCCUGCUCGGGGUCUUCAUCUUCUGUUGGGCCCCCUUUGUCCUUCAUGUUCUCUUAAUGACAUUCUGCCCAAAUAACCCUUACUGUGCCUGCUACAUGUCCCUCUUCCAAGUGAAUGGCAUGUUAAUCAUGUGCAAUGCUGUCAUUGACCCUUUUAUAUAUGCCUUCCGGAGCCCAGAGCUCAGGGAAGCAUUCAAAAAGAUGAUCUUCUGCAACAGCUACCAGUAGAAUUAUUGGUCCCUGAUUUUAGGAUCCAUGGUGAUAAUAUUGUCAAGUGACAGAAUAACAUGACAUACCAACAAAUACCAAUGCUCCCAACUACUCUUUUCCUUCCCUAGUGUGCAUGAGGAUUAUCCCAUUUACUAAUAUUUGUAAUAGUUUAGUUCUAUGUGAACA